AUGGCUGUCAUCACCAGUGUUCCCGGCAUUAGCAUCACUGUCCAUGUCAAUGGAGAAGUUGCGCAAGAGUAUCCUCCUCUCGAUCCGACCGAUGAAUGCACGCCGAGCCCUCCACCGCAUAUUUGCUACAUAGAGUCCAAAUCGAACCAGAGCUUCUUGGUUAGGCUCACUCUCUCCCCAGAGAGGACAACUUCCGAAACGAAUGCAAUCCUGUUCACCGUAUUUAUUGAUGGCAUGUUCGCUGGGGGGCAUAUUGUACACCGUCGCUCCACUUGUCAGCUGGGCUCUCCCAUGACUGUUGAUAUCAAAGACCAGAUUAUUCAGUCUGAUGUGGCUGGGCAUUGUAUCCGACGAUCAUUCUCCUUCUCGCCCGUUUCUCUAGUGGAAGAGACAACUCAAGCGACGGUGGAACGUGACUCCAGAAGAGCCGAAUCUUUAGGCUGCAUUGUAGUCAACCUUGCGACCUGCAAGCGUGGAGCAACGAGGGUCAUGCAGCCUCUGGUACCAAGGAGAAACUCUGACUUCUUUUUGGCCGAAAAAGCAAUGAAGGGCAAGGAACUAUCCCAUGGGACGAGCUACACUCAAGAGAUCCUCGCUCCAACCCCCAGCUGUGCGGACGCACAUGACAUUAAACCCCUCGGCAAGUACAUUUUUCGAUACCGGUCUCGGGCUGCACUGCAGCGGGAACUGAUAAUCCCCCAAACACCGCCUCCACCAGACGAGUCAUUUAUUACCUCGGAACUAGGCUCCAUGUCCGACGAACAUGUUCGAUACUUGGCGAAGGAGUUUCUCCGCAUUAAGCGGGAGAGGGAAGUAAAACAGGAAACACCAGCGUUGAGCUUCAAGCGGACUAUUGACCUUACGGACGACGACGUGGUUGAGGUGAAUGGACGUCACCCAUUUAAGGCGCUUAAGCGAGAGGGUGACAACGAUGUGAUUGAGCUGUCAGACUAA